AUGUUUCAACAAGAAGCUAAACAAGCAGGAAAAGAAAAAUUAUUACUAACAUGUGCUACAGCUGCAGCACGACACCGAAUUGAAGCUGGUUAUGAAGUUGAAGAAGUUUGCAAAUAUUUUGAUUUUGUAUCUGUAAUGACUUAUGAUUAUCAUGGCAGUUGGGAAGGUAAAACUGGACAUAAUAGUCCAUUAUAUGGAAUGCGUAAUGAAAGAAAAAAAUUUCGUGAAUGGAAUAUAAAAGGUUCAAUGAAUGUAUGGGUUGAAUUAGGUUGUCCAAAAGAAAAACUUAAUAUUGGNCGGCCAUACCACGUUGAAUACACCAGUUCUCGUCCGAUCACUGAAGUUAAGCAACGUCGGGCUCGAACUGAAUGUUAUUCGUCAAAAGAAUCUAAAAAAACAUAUCGUCUUUGGUUUCGAAUGAAUGAUAUUGAUUUAUUUCAUCACUAA